UCUUUCUUCAUUAUACGUAUUAACAUCCCUUCUCUUCAACUUUACUCUCUUUCUUCAUUUCUCAAAUUGUGAGAACCAUUACCCGACCCGUUUCAUCUCCACGGUAUGCUCUCUCUCCCUUUCUGCUUGUGUAUGUGUACGGACUUAUGAGCUUGUAUGCGUAGGUGUAUGGUGGAUUCAGGUCUGGGUUUAGCAUAACAUUUGGGUUGAGUGUUGCAAUUAGGGAUUUGUUCUUCAUUUCUGCCAAGCCCUUUGAUUUGUGUUCUACGAUCUCUUGAAGGCAGGCAUCUCAUCAUGGCGAGAGCUUUACUUCAGUCAACAAACAUUUCUUCACUGGUUUCAGGUGAAGGCAUCGGCCAAUUUAAGCGAUCUGGAAAAGGAGCAAGAGCUUCUGCAAUGCCGUGUUCUUCAAAUCCCUCACAUUAUUUGCAAUUGCGAGGUGGUUUUGUUGGACUGAGAGGUGGCAAUGCCUUAGACAUGAUAGGAAGAUCGCGGGAGACAUUUCAUUCCAAGGUGGCCGCAGCACUCUCCUGCAGAAGAGGCAAGGGCACUCGUUCAGUAGUUAAGGCCAUGUUUGAACGGUUCACAGAGAAGGCAAUAAAGGUGAUUAUGCUCGCACAAGAGGAAGCUAGGCGUCUUGGACACAACUUUGUUGGGACCGAACAGAUUCUCUUGGGCCUUAUUGGCGAGGGAACUGGAAUUGCUGCUAAGGUUCUUAAAUCUAUGGGUAUAAAUUUGAAAGAUGCUCGUGUGGAGGUGGAAAAGAUAAUUGGAAGGGGAAGUGGUUUUGUUGCUGUUGAGAUUCCUUUUACUCCCCGUGCAAAGCGUGUAUUAGAGCUAUCUCUCGAGGAAGCUCGCCAGCUAGGCCACAACUACAUAGGGUCUGAGCACUUGCUCCUUGGGUUGCUUCGUGAGGGUGAAGGGGUGGCUGCUCGAGUUCUUGAAAACUUGGGUGCUGAUCCAAGUAACAUUCGAACACAGGUCAUCAGAAUGGUUGGUGAAAGUGCAGAAGCUGUUGGUGCUGCUGUUGGAGGUGGAACUUCAGGACAAAAGAUGCCGACAUUAGAGGAGUACGGUACCAAUUUGACGAAGCUAGCCGAGGAGGGAAAACUGGAUCCUGUAGUCGGAAGGCAGGAACAAAUUGAGCGGGUAACUCAAAUUUUGGGUAGACGUACAAAGAACAAUCCUUGUCUUAUUGGAGAACCAGGUGUUGGGAAAACAGCUAUAGCUGAAGGUUUAGCUCAGCGAAUUGCGACUGGUGAUGUCCCUGAAACAAUCGAGGGAAAGAAGGUUAUUACGCUGGAUAUGGGCCUUCUUGUUGCCGGAACGAAGUAUCGAGGAGAGUUUGAGGAAAGAUUGAAGAAACUAAUGGAAGAAAUCAGACAGAGCGAUGAGAUCAUACUGUUCAUUGAUGAAGUGCACACAUUGAUUGGUGCAGGGGCAGCUGAAGGCGCAAUUGAUGCAGCAAACAUAUUGAAACCUGCUCUAGCUCGAGGUGAACUUCAGUGCAUAGGAGCUACAACACUUGAUGAAUACCGGAAACAUAUUGAGAAGGAUCCGGCAUUGGAGAGAAGAUUUCAACCAGUUAAGGUUCCAGAACCAACUGUGGAUGAAACCAUACAGAUACUGAAAGGUCUUAGGGAGCGUUAUGAAAUCCAUCACAAACUCCGCUAUACCGAUGAGGCACUGGUUGCCGCUGCACAACUCUCGUACCAGUACAUCAGUGAUCGCUUUCUGCCUGAUAAGGCAAUUGACUUGGUUGAUGAGGCUGGUUCUCGUGUUAGACUUCGCCAUGCACAGCUACCGGAGGAGGCAAGAGAACUCGAGAAAGAACUAAGGCAGAUAACGAAGGAGAAGAAUGAAGCUGUACGCAGUCAAGAUUUUGAGAAGGCUGGGGAGUUACGUGAUAGAGAAAUGGAUCUAAAGGCACAAAUCUCGGCCAUGAUAGACAAAAACAAAGAGAAAAGCAAAGCUGAAAGCGAGGCAGGAGACGAAGGCCCAGUUGUGACCGAAGCUGAUAUUCAGCACAUUGUCUCGUCAUGGACGGGCAUCCCUGUCGAGAAAGUCUCAACCGAUGAAUCUGACCGUCUCCUAAAAAUGGAAGAAACACUACACACAAGAGUCGUCGGUCAGGAUGAAGCGGUGAAGGCCAUCAGUCGAGCCAUCCGACGUGCCCGUGUCGGGCUCAAGAACCCGAACCGGCCCAUAGCUAGCUUCAUCUUCUCUGGCCCCACCGGUGUUGGGAAGUCUGAACUUGCCAAAGCGUUAGCUGCCUACUACUUCGGGUCUGAGGAAGCCAUGAUCCGGCUGGACAUGAGCGAGUUUAUGGAACGACACACAGUCUCGAAGCUCAUCGGCUCCCCGCCGGGAUAUGUCGGUUACACAGAGGGUGGUCAGCUGACUGAAGCUGUCAGGCGCCGACCGUACACCGUCGUCCUCUUUGAUGAAAUUGAGAAGGCCCACCCUGAUGUCUUCAACAUGAUGCUUCAGAUCCUGGAGGAUGGAAGGCUGACGGACAGCAAGGGCCGGACGGUCGACUUCAAGAAUACGCUCCUCAUCAUGACGUCAAAUGUUGGGAGCAGUGUGAUAGAGAAGGGUGGCCGUCGGAUCGGUUUUGAUCUGACGUACGAUGAGAAGGACAGCUCUUACAACCGAAUCAAGAGUCUUGUGACUGAGGAACUCAAGCAGUACUUCCGGCCUGAGUUCUUGAACCGGUUGGAUGAGAUGAUCGUUUUCCGGCAACUGACGAAGCUAGAGGUGAAGGAGAUAGCGGAUAUCAUGCUCAAGGAGGUGUUUGAGAGGCUUAGGGUUAAGGAGAUAGAGCUGCAGGUGACAGAGAGGUUUAGGGAUAGAGUGGUGGAGGAGGGGUAUAAUCCGAGUUAUGGGGCAAGGCCGUUAAGAAGAGCUAUAAUGAGACUUUUGGAGGACAGUAUGGCAGAGAAGAUGCUUUCGCGGGAGAUCAAAGAAGGGGAUUCAAUUAUAGUGGAUGUUGAUUCCGAUGGGAAUGUGACUGUCCUUAAUGGAAGCAGCGGUACUCCUCCAGAGCCACUGCCUGAACCAAUUGCUGUAUAAAGGAUAAAACCUGCCUCCCUGAAUCCUCUUUUCUUCUUUUUUUCUUCUUUAAAUUGUCAGUAUUUUCAUGAUUGUCGUAGGGUGUCCUGGGUAUAGCCAGAACUGUAUUGAUUGCAGUCAGUCUGUUGUAUAAUUACGUGUUUAAUUUGCAUGUAGAACAAUACCCACUUGUUUAAUUGUAUGUUGCAUAAAGGAAAAAAAAACAGAAGAAUUUGGUCCCACGUGUAACGUACCCACCCUGCUUUUCCUAGAUCCUUGUGCCUACCAAGUUAAAGUUUAUUUUAGGAAAACUAGC